AUGAGAAAAAUUGCUUCAGUCCUAAUUCUUAUUUCUAUUGCUUUGUCCGCAGUAAGUGCCUCAAAGUGUGUAGAUGACCUUACUACUUAGAUUAAAAAUGGAACAAUUUGUUAAAAUACUGAUGCUGCUUGCAAUACUGCUUUAGCUACUCUCUUUACAUGUAUGGGUACCUGUGGCUAAAAUAAUAGCUCUGACUCUGCUAUUGGAAAUUGUGUAAAGACCAAUUGCAGUAAUAUUAAUAAUGAUACUGUUAAGGCUUUUUACAACAAAAUUUUGGCCUGUUUUGAUAGUGUGCUUAUAUUCUCAGCCCUCUUUGUUUUACUUGCCUUGUUAUUCUGA